GUCAGCAUAUCCUACUGCAAGUGUUCCCUAGCACCACUCCAACUCAUUAAGUGUGGAUUAUUUGCAUAUACUCCUGUUGCUUCCUCUCUUGCAAUGGACAUUUGUGUUUUGGAGCUCGUUAAAAAUCUGUUUGUCUGGAUGACUCCCAGCUCAACUGCAUGGUGUGAAGCACUGGAAAUCUUUGGAGUGAUCGAGGUUAUAAAUUGA